AAGAGAAUUAGAAAUAGAAAAUGAAGCUUAGUGCUGCAUUCAAUAUUGUUAUUCGGAUGCUUUUGGGCAUGGCCAUCGCUUUUCCCACUCAUCAGAUCGUGCCACACAUACCCUAUGGCAUGGAUGACUUUUACCCGUUUCUCUCCAGAAAUUCCACCGAUGUGCUGCCGUUGUCUACAAAUCUAACGCAAAUUCAACGACUUGGCUGGGCCGAUAAAUGUGUGCAGUUUAGAAAUAAGUGCACGUUAGCAGAGCAUUGUUGCAGCCUAAGAUGCCUGAAACGUAUUUAUCGAUGCAUUACCUAAGUUGUAUUCCAAUGAUUGUCCCCUAAAAGUAUUUUAUAAUAAAAAUAUUUUGUUUAAAUUAAAAAUCUUUUACGUGAUGAGCACUGUUGACUUGGCU